GGCCUGCAACGUGCCCUCGCUCGUGUUCCCGCCGGGCACCUUUGCUAGCAGCCCGGGGUACCCGGGGCCGCGGGCGGUCCCACUGAGCCCCGGCUGGAAGCUUCUGUCCCACACCCGUGGUGAGCCCGGCCCUUCCGCAGGGCGCCAUGAGCGCGAUGGACUGCUCGCCGGGGAGCUCCCCUCGCUCCAGAAGGCUGGCAACCCCGCAUGUUUCAUGCAGAUAUGCUAGUUCUCAAUCUCCAAGUCAGGAGGACCUUACUCCUCUCCCUUCAAUCAAUGAGCGCUUGGCCUUUCUCCGUCCCUCCCGGGAGCUGCUGGAAUACUACCGCAAGAAGAUUGCUGACUUUGAUGAGGAACACGAAGAUUUGGUAAAGAGGCUGGAGAGAUACAAAGAGACGUAUGAUGAGCAGCACAAAUUGCAAUGGGAAGUACGUCAGCGAGAAGAGGAGAUUGCGGAGUUGCAAAAGGCUUUGAGUGAUAUGCAAGUCUACCUCUUCCAAGAGAGGGAACAUGUCCUUCGUCUUUACUCUGAGAAUGACCGGCUGAAAAUCAGGGAGUUGGAGGAUAGAAAAAAAAUUCAACAUCUCCUGGCUUUAGUUGGAACAGACAAAGGAGAAGUUACGUAUUUUCACAGGGAGCCUCCACAUAAGGUUACUGUUCUGCAAAGGCCAGCUAAAUCCAGCGAGUCACGUGAACGAAAUGAUGCUUCUAGAACAGGCAUGAAGAGGAGCACUUCAAAACCAUCAGCAAAAGGAGAGAAACCAGAAAGUCCUCAGAGAUACCAGAGAGAUAAUCAAACACUUCUACUUCAGGUGGAGGCCCUGCAAGCUCAGAUAGAAGAACAGACACGAUUAUCCAAGGAACAAGUUGAGGCACUACUAGAGGACAGGCGGAUUCACAUGGAGGAAGCCCAGGUCCAGCAUCAGAGGGACCAGGACAAGAUCAAAACUAUAACAGAUAAACUCCAUAAGACCCAAAAUCUCUUAUAUGAGAGUACCCAUGACUUUCUCCAGCUCAAGUUUGAUGCCCGAGCCAAUGAGAAAGCAUGGAUGGCAGAGAAGGACAGUCUGCUGAGGAAACUUGACAAAGACCCAGAUCAGCUUAUUGUCAGCAGGGAGCCAGGAAGAGAGAAGAAGCAGAGAGGUACCAAGAAGAUGCUUCGAACAGAUGAUGGAGCUUGGAAACUCCAGAGCAGAGAAAUAAAGUCACUGCAAGAACAGCUGCUGCAGGAACAGCGCCUAUCAAACAUGUAUAGAGAGCAGUGUGUCACCCUGGAAAGUGAGCUGGCUAGGAUUCGUGAGGAGGGAGAUGCUGGCAGAGAACUCUUUAAGGAACGCUCAGAAAAGAUGGGGAAACGCCUGAAGCUGAUGACUCGGCGAUAUGAUGCCCUGGAAAAACGUCGUAAUAUGGAGGUGGAAGGCUUCAAGAACGACAUUAAACAGCUUCAGCAGAAGCUGAAAGAUGUAGAGAAGCAGCUUUUUAAGGUGACUCUGAAUAUUGGACCAGACCAGGAUCUUGCAAUUCUGCAGGAGGUCUGCCAAGGGAACAGACUAACCCGUAAAAUUCAAGGAGAACUAAAAAACUUAAAAGCAAAAAUCUAUGGCUUAGAGAAUGAGCUACGGGUCUGCUGAAGCUGAGGUAUUAGCUGGCAUCCUAGUUUUAGGAAUGGGACAUUGCUAGGCUGGAAUAUUCAUAUGCGAGAGCAGCUCCUGCCUGUCGGUUUCCUGGCAUUCAGUGACAGAAGGCCUGAGGAAAUCUGCAGUUAAUGUUGUAAAUGUUGUACAUGAGUCAUUCCUAUGUGCCAGGUUGUAUUGCUGUUUCAGCUGAGAGAUAGCACCUGAUAAGACUGACACAGAAAGUACAUGAUGACUGAUAUAUCAGGAAUAUGCUUAUGACUUCAUCUUACCUUCCUCAUGUCUGUGGUGUAGGGGCCAGUGCAUACUGGCCUUCACCUUUAUUUGGAGUGUAUUAUAAACCAUAUAUAUGGUUAUAAUGAAAUUAAUAAUCACAGAAAGAUGUAGUUCAAGAUCUGAAUUGCUUGACUGAACUUUUCCUAUGUGAGAAGCAGCUUUUAAAAUGGUUUAAAUGAUUAUUGUUUUGGUGAUUAGCCACUUAAGGAUCUAACUGGAAAUUUUCUUUGAAAAAGACCACAUACAGAAGGCGCGCGUACUAAAGUGUAUUACAUCUGACUCUCCCUUUGACAGUAUAACUAUUUUAGAACCAAGCGAAGGGAAGACAUUUUAACCUAAUUGGGACAAACCUGACUGAUUUUAAUAUGGUGGGAAAAGAUAACCUGUUACAGAGCUCAUCUGCAAGACCUAGCAACAUCUGUACUUCUUCUGAAUGUUUGGGGGGAGGGAAAUACUACACUAUUGAGCGUCAUCUUCUCAUCCCCUUCCUCCCAGUUUACCUUAACACACAGAGGAAGCCCAAAAUAAAAAGCAUCUAGUAUCUUCCUUAACCACCAUAUUAUCUGUCUUCGUGGCUUUAAACGGUAUCAUGGUUAUGUACCAACAAAUCAUGGUCAACUACAGCAGUUGUUGCUACUGAACUGUAACUGAAAUCGGCGUGGAAGAGCAGCUGCCUAGUUGCUACGUGAUAAAUAUAACUCGAGCUAUAUGAUGAUUAUCUUCAUACCAGACAUCAGGACAUUGCAAUUCCAGGAAAUGGAUGAAAUCAUGAAAAGGGUUACAACAUGGCUUCAGCCUAGUUUAUAAUUGCAGGUAUUCGUGCUUUUACUGUAGCAUCAGCAAAUCUUGUCCACCUUGUAAACUGAGAGCAGAUCCGUGUUGGAAAGGGGAUUUCAGUGCCUCUGUUUCCUGCUGUACCUUUCCUACCUUGUUAAAUGUUACAGAAACAGAAUAAUAUCUUUCUGAUGUAUACACCUAUAGUCUACCAGCACUUCCUUUCCCUUUGAAAACAGCUUAGUGUGUGAAAGCAGGCAGCUUCUUUUGGACGUGGUAGUGGCCAUGGAGAUCCUCAUUCAGUGUUUGGGAGAGGUAGAUAUGCAAGAGAUGCUUUUGUGCUGUCAAGAUUCAGAGAAAUAAUUGUUUUGAUAGCACCAGCUAAAGCAAUGCAUGAGGGGAAAUUCCCUGAAGUAGUCAAAGCCUGUUUCAGUUGUUUAUCCUUUUUGUGACAAGCUUGCUGUCCCUUAUGGUCCUGUACUGUGGCUUUUACUUUGCGUGUGUUCUUGAGGUCAAAUUCAUCACAGACAGACUUUAGUGUGGGUGGCUGACAGUCUGUGCUUAGAUGCUCAACUGCUGCUACAACUUACAAGAGGCUGUUUCAAAGUCUGUUGCACUGAUUAGUUAGCUGAAAAUACUGAACUGUUCAGAAACUGAUUCAUGAAUAACUUGGGUGUGCCGGUGCUACAUGGACAGCUGAGGAAGGGCAUUAAAUAAUGCUAUCCAUCAUUUAAUCUCGCUCUUUCUCAGUUAACUAGUACUUUCUCAGAUAAAUCUAGCUAAUUAAAGUGCAUUUGUAUGUGAAAUCACAUGCUACGGGUUUGAAGAUAAGAUAUCAAAGUUAUCACAGGUCCUGGAAGGCUGCUUCUGAAAAUUGCUAUGUAAUGAAGUAUUAGCCAGUUAUUAAAAAGGAUCUAUCUACUUAAAUUCCACUGAUGGGAUGCUAGCAAAA